GUCACAUUUUUAUUUGGACCUUACAACAUCCUAAAUUAUUUAAUUACAAAAUAGCAAGUCAGGUUGAAGGAUGGUCAUGGAUUGAAUGAAUCUCUACUAGAUGACGCUCCGUGUCAUCUACAACUGUGUGACAUCAGUUUUUACGAGAAGUUGACUAGUUCAUUAAAAACCUCAGGUUCGUCACCACCGCGUUGCACUUUCCGCGGUGCCAUCGCACGUGUACUUUUUAACAGGCAGCGGCGCGAGAUAACCCGGCGAGUGACAAGUCUACCUCGUCCCCCAUUUGUCCCCCGCCAGCGGCUGCAGUCCCGCCAGCCACCGCCAGGGUGAGACGGAAGAGGCCUCCCUGCCCUCUUGGCUGGGAUCUUGGAGAUCGUACAGCACCAUGACGUGCGCCGAAGACGACCUUCUGGCCCGUCUGGGGAAACUUCGGGAGAAAGUAAAGAAGAAAACAUAACCUUUAUUUUAUUUAUUCAUUCCUGAGAGAAACAGAGACACAGGCAGAGGGAGAAGCAGGGUCCAUGCUGGGAGCCUGGAUGUGGGACUCGAAUCGGAACUCCAGGACUAUGUCCUGAGCUCAAGGCAGAACGCUGAGCCACCCAGGUUCUUUGGCAUGGAUAAAUGUUCAUUGAGAGGAUUAGACUUGACUGAGCAGACUCCUGUUUUAUUAGAGCAUAAAGCCAUGGCAGCUAGUCUCACGGAUACAGGAAAUUCAUUUGGUGACCCAAGUAGUCUUGUAGUUAACAGAUCUAGAAACUCAUUGAUGAAAGAAGAUGAUGAUGAUGAUGAUGAUGAUGUUGUAUUUAUUGAAUCUAUACAACCUCCUUCAACUUCUACUCCAGCAAUAGCUGAUCAAAGAAAUUUUAUAUUUGCUUCAUCAAGAAAUGAAAGGCUACGAGGAAAUUAUUCCAUAAUUCUUCCUUCCUCAAGAGAUUUGGCUUCUCAGAAGGGAAAUGUAAGUGAGACAAUUGUUAUCGAUGAUGAAGAGGACAUAGAAACAAAUGGAGGGGAAAAGAAAAAUUCUUCCAAUUUAAUUGAAUGGGGACUUCCUGGAACUAAAAAUAGAACCAAAGAUUUGGAUUUCUCCACUUCCAGUCUUUCAAGAAGUAAGACCAAGACUGGAGUAGGACCUUUUAAUCCUGGUAGAAUGAAUAUGGCAGGAGAUGAAUUUCAGAAUGGAGGAUACGCAACUCAUCAUAGUCCUGAUUCUUGGAUCUCCCAGUCAGCAUCAUUUCCCCGUAAUCAGAAACAGCCAGGUGUAGAUUUUUUAUCACCAGUGGCCUCCCUUCCUAAACAGAUUUUCCAGUCUUCAGUCCAACAGCAACUUACAAAACCAGCUAAAAUUACUUGUGCACAUUGCAAAAAGCCUUUACAGAAAGGACAGACAGCUUAUCAACGAAAAGGAUCAGUUCACCUCUUUUGUUCUACCACCUGCCUUUCUUCCUUCUCUCAUAAGCGCACUUCAAAGAAACGCAACAUAAUAAGUAAAAAAGAUGUACCUACAAAAAAGGCUUCUGCUGUUCAAGUUGAGUCAAGAGAAUCCUCCCAAGAAUUUUGUAGUAGUACGUCUUUGUCUCCCUAUGAAGACAACCAGAAUCUUAGAAAAAAAGUUAAUAAAUCAAGAUGCAUAAUCUGUAGUAAACUAACAGAGAUUCGCCAUGAAGUCAGCGUUAAUAAUGUAAUACAUAAACUGUGCAGUAACCAGUGCUUCAAUAAGUACAGGCUGGCCAAUGGUUUAAUAAUGAAUUGCUGUGAACAAUGUGGAGAGUACUUGCCCAGUAAAAGUGCUGGAAACAAUGUCCUGAUCGUUGAAGGUCAGCAGACAAGAUUUUGCUGCCAAGGUUAUGUUAAUGAAUAUAAACAGAUGAUGGAAACAAAAUCAAAAAAUUCGUCAGCAUCAGAAAACAGAAAAAGGAAUGCUGUUAGAGAAGAAAAUGAAAGAAAAUUAUAUGGACCAUUGAAUACUCUUUUAGAAAAAAAAGAGGGACUACCAGAACAAAAAGAAAAGACUUCAGAGCUACAGGUUUUGGCAGAAUGUACAGAUACCUUACUGAUCAAACAGGAUGUAACUUUACCUUCUUCUGUGUUAACCAUAGCUGAUAAAUUUCAAGAGCAACUGGAAGAGAAAAAAUCAGAAGACUCCAUUAUAUCAGUUGUACUUUCUACAGACCCAGGUAAAUGGCCCCGAAUUUUGAAUACUAAACAACGAGACAUUCUUGUUGAAAAUGAUCCACCUCAAGUAAGAAAUUUUAACUUUCCAAAAGAUAAUACAGGGAGGAAGUUUUCAGAAACUUACUACACACGAAUUCUUCCAAAUGGUGAUAAAACCACUAGAUCUUGGUUACUUUAUUCGACUUCAAAAGAUUCUGUGUUUUGUUUGUAUUGCAAACUCUUUGGGGAAGGGAAAAAUCAACUGAAGAAUGAGAAUGGGUGCAAAGAUUGGCAGCAUUUAUCACAUAUUCUUAGUAAACAUGAGGAAAGUGAAAUGCAUAUCAAUAAUAGUGUUAAGUAUUCAAAAUUAAAAUCUGAUUUGAGAAAAAAUAAAACUAUGGAAGCUGCAGAACAUGGAUUACAUGAGAAUGAGAAAAAUGAUGGUGUGCUGCUAUUGUACAUGUAAUAUACAUGUGGUUCUAGACAUAACAGGAUCUUACAUUUAUUAAAGAUCUAUACCCUAAUGGUCAGUACCAUUUGUGUUGUGAGGCUCCUAUAACUUUGAACAGUUUGUUAAGCAAUAAGUAUAAUAGUAAAUAGUAAAGAAUGUUUCUGUUCCAAAUUCUAAAGUUAAUUGGAUUCAGUAGUAAUGCAGAUUUCAAUAAGGCAAUUGGGGUUUUUUUGUUUAUUGCUUUUAAAGAUUUUAUUUAUUUACUCAUGAGCCACACAGAGAUAGAGGCAGAGACAUAGGCAGAGGGAGAAGCAGGCUCCAUGCAGGGACCCUGAUACCAGGAUUCCAGGAUCACAACCAGGGCCCAAGGCAGACCUCAUCUGCUGAGCCACUGAGGCGUCCCAAUAAAGGCAAUUAUUAUUUUUUCCACACCUUUUAAAAUUGGCUUUUGAGGGCUAACAGUUGACAUGUUUGGUUAACUUUCUGUUCUGAUUACUUUGAAAGAGGGAACGAAAGUCUUUAUCAAUACUAGUUUGAAUAAGAUACUAUGUGAAUAUUCAUGUCAUUAUUAAAGUAAAAACAUUCAGAAACAGUUUGAGAGUAGAAUGGAAUCUGAAACUGCAGCUUUUUGCUAUUAAACCAAAUACCUGUGAUUUAUUUCUUUUAGAUAAAACAUUGUUUUAUUAUUUGAGUGAAAUAGCAUUAUUUUUUAUAUUAAAGUGAUUUGCAUUUUAUUGAUCUUAAUUUAUAAAUGUUUUAGCUCUUGUGUGAGAACUAUAAAAAUAAAGAGUGUAUACCUAUUUUUAUGUUAAUACAAAUAUAAGAAAUAUUAAAAAUAUAUUAAGUCAACCUUUAGGUACUGUGGCAAUUUCUUUUUCCUGUAAAGGAGACUGCAUGCUUGAAAUUUGAGAAAUAAAAGAAAAUCAAGGAUCUCUCAUUUUUAAA